AUGAAAUUGAUUCCAUUAAGACGACGGCUGCUAAGCUUAAGGAGUUGUGGGGGCUCAACAGAUCUGUACCACAGCAAGAGGACUUCUUUGCAAACCAGACAAUCAAGACUUGCUUCAAGUGGGAAGAGUGCUAUGGUUGGGUUUCGUGAUGAUUUGAUUCAAACAGUGGAUCGACUUACUGGAUAUCCACCUUCUCUUGAAGUCACCAUACUUGCUAGAAAUGUUUACACUGAUCCACGUACUAAAGGCCAUUUUCACAAUUGUGCCUUGGCACGUACUAAAGGCCAUUUUCACAUUUGUGCCUUGGCAUCAAUUUCUCAAGAAUGUCGUGAGCGAGAAGUCUGGCUGAGCCUUCUGGAUUCCAUGGAACAACUCAGUACUGAAAUGCAUCAAGAGAAAAAUACUGAAGAAUUAAAAGAGUAUCUAUAUAAAAGUUUGAAAGGUAGAAGGUAUCUUGCUGUGUUGGAUGACGUUUGGACUACCGAGGAUUGGGAUUCUUUGAGUAGGAUAUUUCCAGAUGACGGGAUUGGAAGCCGGAUCAUUUUGACAACACGGCUGUUGAGUGCGGAGACUGACAGUUGGAAUUUACUUCGUCGGGAGGUGUUUGGGAACGAGUCUUGCCCUGUUGAACUGGAGAAAGCUGGAAACGAUAUUGCAAAGAAUUGCAAAGGACUUCCACUCUCCCUUGUGGUGAUUGGCGGCCACCUUUCAAAAGCCAACAGGACAAAAGAACACUGGGUGGGAAUUUUUCCAGAAGAUGAUGAAAUCCGCGUCUCCAAACUCAUCAAGUUAUGGAGAGGGAUUUCUAGAACCAGCCAGAUAAAUCUUAUUUUGACUCGUGAGGAGAGUUCUAGUGGAAAGAUAAAAACCUGUGGCAUCCAUGAUCUGUUAAGGGACCUACGCAUAAGAAAAGCCCAGCAGGAGAAGUUUUUUCAUGCCACUGUCGCAGAUAAAGAUUUCAGAAUCUUAGCUGAAGGCAGAAAGUAUUCACGUUGCCUAUGUAUUCAGCCAGAUACUUCAAAUGCCAAUCCGUCCAUGGGAUCCUUGCGACAAGUCCGUAUUCAGCCAGAUAUUCGGCCAGAUACUUCAAAUACCAAUCCGUCCAUGGGAUCCCUGCGACCAGUCCAUUCAAUUUUAUGUUCCCAUUCGGCUAGAGAGAUUUAUGAAUCAGGUGACAUAAAACUUUUUCCACUACUCAGGGUGUUGGAUCUUGCUAAAGGAAAAGUAGAUGGUUUCCCAGUUGGAGAAAUAAAAUUAGUUCACUUAAGGUACAUCGCUUUUUCCUGUGAUGGGAAAAUUUCCAUACCUAAGAUACUACCUGAUUUUCUUUGGUAUCUACAGACCUUAAUUGUAGAUUGUGACGAAGUACAUCUACCUGAGGAAAUAUGGAGGAUGCCACAAUUAAGGGAUCUUUUGUUCAGGAGAUGUUAUAUACCGUGCCCUGCUAGAUGGCCAAUAAAUGGGAAGGAUUUAGUUCUAGGAAACCUUUUAACUUUGUCAAAAGUGAGUAGCUCAAGCUGUACCAAGGAGGUCUUCGAAAGAGUUCCAAAUCUAAACAAGUUAGGAAUUUUGAUUGAAUAUUUGGUAUUUGCACCCUUUUCUUUAGGUAACCUGGUUAAUCUUCCUCAACUUGAGAAAAUCUUAGGUGUAUGUGAUUGUGUUAGUGACCUGAUUAAUUUCACUUUCCCACCAAAUAUCAAAAAAUUAACCUUAAAGCAUUGCAGAAUUCCUUGGGAACAUAUGACUAUAGUUGGUAAAAUGCCCAAUCUUGAAGUACUUAAACUGGAUAAUAAUGCCUUUGAAGGGCCAAAAUGGGAGACAACCGAUGAAGAAUAUUGCAAACUAAAAUUUCUGCUACUUCACGAAUUAGAUCUAGUGCAAUGGACAGCUGAUCACACUCCCUUCCCAAGCCUUGAAGGAGAUUUUAUAAAUUUAUUAUUAUACCAACGUCCAGAAAGUCCAUAUCCUUCUCACAUUCUUCCUAUAUAUCCAAAAGCUUCCCUAGCAUAUUCCCUCACUCUUGGAUCGAAAGGUGAUGCCUCAGCUCUGACAUCAUAA